UACAAUCAAACUUGAGAAAAGGGCAUUAAUAUUAUAAUCUGCGUUUUUUCCAGCGGUAAUCUUCUCGAUAUUUUAAUAAUAUUAUAAUGUGAUUUCGACCAAACUGUAACGACCAGCACAAGUUCGACGUGUAUUAUACCGCAUAAAAUAUUAAAAUUAUUUAGUGAUAUUUAUUUAGUAUAAAACUAUGUGCAUACGUACGCUAUACGCGCAUAGACGAUGACUUAAUAUCAAGUGUUAUAACCAGUUUUCCACGAGACAGGUUCACUGGACACAGUCUGUUGUAGGUAGGUAGGUACGACCUAACCACGCACGUGAUACCGGGUAACGCCAUCGCACGCAACAUUUUUAAGGUAAUAUUAUACAGUCGCAUAACUAUAACGCAGUCGCAUCAUCAUCAGCUCCACGACCGGACGCAGUGGUUUUUAUCAUCCGAAGGCGGCCGGCCUAUACGUGUUGUUUUUUAAUGAUAAUAAAAUUAUAGUGUCGUGCGUGAGAGUUCACUCUGAAACCACCAAUCGUCUGGGAUCACCAUUCGUUGCGUUCUCCCGCUUCGGGUCCUACUGCUGUGGCUGCAUGGAGCAAUACCAACAUCGUGACCAGCAACAAUAAUAAUAUCAAAAGCAACACACAGUGAUGAGGGAAGACGUUCAAGCGACGAACACAGAUCGUCUCAAGAUGGAACAGCCGAAAAACGGCGACAAAGAACCGCUGCGCCAGGUAGUGCUACGGAACUUGACCGUCGAACCGAUGUUGUUCCCGUACCUGAUAGCGUCCAUACUGGUCAUACUGGCCAACCAGAACCUCAACAUCCAGAAGGCGUGCCGGGUGGACCUGAAACUGAGCUCGGAAGUGUGCGACGACCUGGAGAACAAGGACAAGAACAACAGCAUGCUCACCGACAGCGAGAUCACCGUGCAGAAGCUGGUCGCGGACAUGCUCAUCUGGCAGACGAUACUGCAGAGCAGCGUGCCGGCCGUCUUCGUGCUGUUCCUAGGCUCGUGGAGCGAUCGGAACCGUUUGCGGCGGCCGUGCAUGCUGCUGCCCGUCUACGGCGAGGUGGCCCGGAACCUGGGCCUGCUGGUGUGCGUCUACUUCUUUGACGAGCUGCCCAUGAAUGUGACGGGCCUGUGGCAGUCGCUGCCGAUCGCCGUCACCGGUUACUGGACGGUCUUGUACAUGGCCGUGUUCUCGUACGUGGGCGACCACAGCACGGAACAAAAUAAAACCUUAAGAGUUGGUCUAGUAAACGCGACAAUGGCCUUAUGUCUUCCUAUAGGUACUGGUUUGUCAGGUAUAUUAUAUCGUGAACUUGGAUUUACCGGAGUAUACAUCAUAGCUUUGAUACUCUGUUGCAUCAGUAUUUGGAUGGCUCACAUUUUCGUCCACGAUACAAAACAGAUAAAAUUCGAUUCUGGUAAGAAACAUAAAAGGUCUUAUUGGUCUCGUAUCAAGUUCUUUUUCAGUUUAAAUCACAUAAUUGACGCGUUCAAAGUGACAUUCAAAAAGGAAAAAAACAAUAGAAGAAUGAAAGUUAUCGCUUUGACGUUGCUCAUAACUGGAAUCAUGGGUCCAUUGCAAGGUGAAAAAGGCGUUGCAUAUUUGUUUACUCGAGUCAAGUUUAAUUGGAACGAAGUAGAAUUCAGCGUGUACUCGACCACCACGAUGUGCAUCAAUCUCGUGGGAACAUUUGUUGUUCUUGGGGUCGUGGUCAGAAAGUUCGGAGUUGACGACGCGUUGAUCGGCACUGUGGCUACUACUGGAAAAUUGAUAUCACAAUUCAUAUUCGUAUCCGCCACUAGUGUGGUCGUGUUCUAUUCAGGGGCGCUCGUGAACUGCUUACAAGGACCGGCCAUCAUUUCCAUGAAAUCGAUCAUAAACAAAAUAAUUCCGGCGCAAGAACUCGGCCAAGUCAGCGCAGUCACAGGCAUCGGGGAAAACGUUGUACCCAUUUUGUGUGGCCCAUUGUAUAGUUACGUGUACGAAUCCACCGUUAGCUUCUUCCCCAGUGCUUAUUUCUUAGUCACCGCGGCCAUAACGGUCCCGACCAUUUUUCUCUAUCUGUGGCUCUAUAUCCAGCACAGAAAGGAAACCAGAGAAUCGUACGAACCAUUACCCGAUACGGAUAUUUUGAAAGACCCAAAUGGCGAAGUCACUACAUAUGGGACGAUAAAACAGUAACAGUUGAUUGUAGGCACUAUUACCUACUGUUCGUCAAAGCGAUAUACGGCUGAUUUCUCAUUCCAUUCGUAUACCUAACUCAACGUCUCAACAUAAGUUCCUACCGAUCUGUUGACUGUAUAUUAUAACAUCACAUACUAUUAUAGGUACAAAUUUACAAUAUACUAAUAAUAUAAGCGCCAAGACCUAGUAUUAUAACAUAAUUAUGUAAAUCAAUCGUGUCGAUUCGGCUAUAAAAUUAUGUGUUCUGUAUUGUUUUUUGCAAAAUACGUGGGCCAAUUAAUCUAAUAUGAUACCAUUGAUUAAGUACCUACCUAUGUCCUAUACAUUAUAUAGCAUACUUAAUCAAUAAUACAAUAUUUGAGUUUGUAAUUUUUCAUAUACCUAUUGUAUUCAUAUUAUUUAUCAAUGUAUGUACCUAAAGUAACCUAUAUGGUAUUAUGGUUAAUGGUUAAUGUUUAUUAAUAAACGAGUGUCAUUUAAUGUAGUAGAUAAUAUAAAUAUAGCUGGUUUACUGAUUGGUGUAUAUCUGUA